AUGAGCAAGCAGCUCGGCUGCCGUGCUUCCGACCUGGUGGUGACUGAGGCCUCCAUUCCUGAAGGGUCUGGGCCGUCAGCCGUCCUGCCUGGCUGGGGUUCUUGUCGGUUCCCGCUGACCUUGAGCACAGGGUGUGGUGACACCGAGACGCCCCACGGGGGUCUCCGGGAUCCAGACUCGCUGGUCCUCACCUCCCGUGUGGAAGGAGACACAGCCCGAUUUCCCCUGGAGAUAAUCUACGUGGCAAGGAAGGCCAAGGACACCAUGGUGUCCUACUAUCAUUUUCAAAGGAUGAACAGAAGACUCCCCAACCCAAGGACCUGGGACGAGUACUUUGAUACAUUCCUGGCCGGCAAAGUGUGCUGGGGGUCCUGCUACGACCACGUGAAAGGCUGGUGGAGGAAGAAAGACAGCCACCCCAUUCUCUACCUUUUCUACGAAGAAAUGUUGAAAGAUCCAAAACGUGAAAUUAGAAAAAUGAUGGAAUUCCUGGGGAAGAACUUGAAAGGAGAGGUUUUAGACAAAACUGUCUACAACACUUCGUUUGCCGUCAUGAAAAACCACCCCAUGACCGACUACACAAAUGACAUGAAAAUGAAUCACCAGCUGUCUCUGUUCAUGAGAAAAGAAGUCAUUGGAGAUUGGAAAAAUCAGUUCACUGAAGCUCAGACCAAGAAGUUUAAUGAAAAUUAUGAGAAAAACAUGGCUGAUACUUCUCUGCCCUUCUGCAUGGAUCUUUAA